AUGGAGAGCUGCCACGCGUAUCACGGGCAGAUCAAGGAUGGCCUGUUCCACGGGAAAGGGACUUUGAUCUACAGCGGAAAUGAAAAGUACGAGGGGGAGUUUGUCUUCGGCAAGCGAGAGGGGCAUGGUCGCUUCCUCUACGCAGACGGAGCCACGUACGAGGGAAAGUGGGUGGAAGAUCGCAUUCAUGGUCAGGGCGUGGCGCACUUUGCGAGUGGAAACCGGUACGAAGGCCAGUGGGAAAUGGGACGAAUCAACGGAUUCGGGAAGCUUUCGUACAGUAACGGGGAUGAGUAUGAGGGGGAGUGGGUGGACGGGAAGAUGCACGGUCGGGGCACCUAUCGCUACGCAGAGGGGGAUGUAUAUACAGGAGAGUGGCGAGACGACAAACGCCAUGGAAAGGGUAGCGUCACGUAUGUGAGUGCGAAGGGUUCAGUGGUGGAAAAGUACGAAGGCGACUGGGUCAACGGCAAGAUGCACGGCCACGGAAAAUAUAUCUACAGCGACGGAGGCGUGUAUGAAGGAGACUGGAUCGAUGGGAAAAUGCAUGGCAAGGGAACGUAUGUGUUCCCCAAUGGCAAUGUAUACGAGGGUGAAUGGGCCCAUGACAUGAAGGACGGCUACGGCGUUCUCACAUACCAGAACGGCGAGAAGUACGAAGGGUACUGGAAGCAGGACAAGGUCCACGGCAAAGGCACUCUAACCUACACUCGAGGAGACAAGUAUAUUGGAGACUGGAUGGACGCAAAGAAACACGGGGAAGGCGAGCUCAUCUACGCUAACGGGGACCGCUUCAAGGGACAGUGGGCCGACGACCGAGCUAACGGGUUCGGUGUCUUCACGUAUGCAAACGGAAAUCGAUACGAAGGCGAGUGGGCCGAUGAUAAACGCCAUGGACACGGAGUCUUCUACUGCGCUGAAGACGGCAGCGCGUAUGAAGGCGAGUUCGUGGGAGGCAGAAAGGAAGGCAGCGGCGUGCUGCGUCUAGCGACCGGGCACCAGCUGGAAGGCACCUGGUCUGGCGGACAGCUGGUGCGGGUUACCUCCUUCAUGUUCGCCCAGGAUUCGCCUUGGCUCAAUGUCGACUUGUAA